GAUGUUUCCGUCGCCAGUGAAUGACGACGACAGGCUGUCGCAUAGUUGCAUAAUUCAGGCAACAUGGCUGCACCCACGAGACUACUGCUUCGCCGGGUGAUACGUCUUUCUCACAGAUGUAAUAACGUUCCCGCUGCUGGAGUUUCAGCACGGUCACGUUGCUGUUGGGGACCGUCGACCUGUCGUUGUUUUAGCGAUGUAGCCGGAGACAGGAGUACACAUUUUGGGUUUGAAACGGUGCCAGAGACAGAGAAGGCGGAGAGAGUGUAUAAGGUGUUUAAGAAUGUGGCACAGAAGUAUGAUACCAUGAACGAUGUCAUGAGUCUGGGGAUUCAUCGACUGUGGAAGGACAUGCUGCUGCACGUCAUGCACCCACAGCCCGGGGCGCAACUACUGGACGUGGCAGGUGGAACAGGUGACAUUUCCUUCCGUUUCCUGGAGUACGUUCAUUCUCAGCAAGAACGGCAGAAGCGGCGGAUGGCACGAUCCGUGCAGACGCCAUCUUCACAGGACAUUUCUAACAACUACUCCACAGAGCACGAGGACACGCCCCAGGAAUCCAGGGCUGUGGUCUGUGACAUCAACAAGGAGAUGCUGAACGUGGGCAGGAAGAGAGCCGACAGCAUGGGCAUCAGUGCUGGUCUGUCGUGGGUGGUGGGAAAUGCAGAGGAGCUGCCCUUUGAUGAUGACCAGUUUGAUAUCUACACUAUCGCCUUCGGCAUUCGAAACGUCACCCAUAUAGAUCAGGCACUGCAGGAGGCUCUGCGGGUCCUGAAGCCUGGUGGCAGGUUCAUGUGCUUAGAGUUCAGCAAAGUGACAAAUCCUGUAUUGGCAAGGAUGUAUGACACAUACAGUUUUCAGAUGAUCCCAGUUUUGGGAGAGGUGAUUGCUGGAGACUGGAAGUCGUACCAGUAUCUGGUAGAAAGCAUCCGCAAAUUCCCGGAACAGGAGGAGUUUAAACAUAUGAUCGAGGAUGCAGGUUUCUACUGUGUGAAGUAUCACAACUUCACCGGUGGGGUUGUGGCUCUUCAUUCAGGUUUCAAGCUGUGAGAUGCACUCUUGACACCUAGCCUUCAUUCCCAGAGCUCCUGUCUGCAGAUGUCGCUGGACAAUGACAGAAAAUCAGCUCAGUGGACAUGUGUAUUAAUUUAUUAUUUACUGCUGAUGGUCUUGUUUCAAUUAAACUUCAGUUAUAACCAAUGUUGGUGUAGUGAAUGCCUCACUGAAAAGCAAAAUGUCACAAAAUCUGGAGCAUCAGUGUUAUGACUACUGGCAAGUGAAUUAAACCAUGGAAUUGCCUUUAGUUUUUGAAUAGUUUUUUGUAUCAUCUAUUUAUGGCAACAAAUAAUAAAUGUGGUUUCCGUAUCUGAAUGGAUUAUUCUUACAGCUACGAAAGGCAAACCAAUUAUACUACUAACUCUUAGAAAGCAUAACAUAAAAAAUCUCAAUGCAGAUAAUAGAAAGGAGGACACCACAACAAGAGUUACUUGAAUAAAACUGUAUAUUUUACAGAUCUUUGUACACUUUAAUUACAAAACUGUAUGGUACUAAAGUUUUAAAAUCAGUUUUUUGGUCAGAAGAUUUAAUAUUCUUGUGUGCAAUUACCAUGUAUAUACAAAGUCUCAUGUUAGUGAUUUUUCUCAAAAUAAAAAGCAACCAAAUAACUCAAACGUUCAUACACUCUGAACAUAAGACAUGGCUUAAAGAUAAAUAUAUUAGUAAAUAAAUAUUCAGAGAACAUAUUUCCAUUUAUGAAAUGUGUUUGCUAUACAGGUACAGAAAUAUACACAGAUUGAUUUCUAGCCUUUUUAAAAACAUUUGUAAUGGUAAUGACAGAAAAUAAUUAUAUUCUUAAAAAAUAUUAAUUUUUGUACACAUUUUAAUCUUCUUAAGUGCUAGAAACAAUGACAAAAAAAUUAAAUAGUGACUCAAGUACCCCAAAAUGUUAUAUUUGCAGUAGGUACAUUUCUCUAUGCAAAAGGCAAGAUUAGAUUCUCACUUGAUUACAGCACUGGGUUAACCUAUAAAUAGGGUUAUUUCAGAAAGAUUUCCUCUGUAGAGAAUGUGUAUAUUUCAUAGAAACAGUAUAAAAACAGUCUGCAGGACAAACAGAAAGGCAUGAAUGACAAACGUUGAUAUCGCGAGUAUGUAUAUCGCGAGUAUGUAUUAUGCAUGGCACGAUAUGAUUAAAACGGAUACACUGUGGUAUGUAUAACUGCAUCAUUUA